AUGGCGUCCCUCCAACAGGCGAAGGCUGGAACACGCAGCACCAAGCAGCCAAAGGCGGAGCAAUGGAGCAGCAACAACAAAGGACGUGGCCAAGGCAGAUGGUGGGGUAGCGAUGCCUACUACGGCUGCUACGAUGAGACCGAGUGGCCAGACCAGCCCAGAGGCAAAUACAAGGGCAAGGGCAAGACUUCUGGCAAACACGACUGGGCCGGCUGGAACGGUGCUGAGUCGUGGUGGACUUCAAACUCCGGCGAGGAGUCCCAGACUUAUUGGAGCGAGCGACAGCCCAAGCCUUCGCAAUGGGGAAGGACGAAGACGGGUGGGAAGGGAAAGCGCGCAGCCCGCCAGUACGAGGCACAGGAAGUGGGCGAAAAGACUUCCGAGAAGAGCGCAUGCUCCCAGAAGGCUCCCAAGGCUGCCAACGCGCGAGGACACCAGAAAGGCAAAGCUGAUGGAAAAGGCAAGGGCAGUGGAAGAGGAAAGUCGCAGACCUCAACUGCCGAGCUCAAGUCGAAGAUGAGUUGGACGCCGGUUGCAAAGAGCUCCAAGUGA